AUGAAUUAAUUUAAUCAGAAUAUAUUAUUUGCUUUUUGGCAAUCUACUCCAAUAGUAAAUAAGCUAUUUAUAAUAAUUGCUUCAAUAUUUUGGAUCGUAGACCUUUUGAUAGGAGAUCAGCUCAAAUUUUAGCCAAUAUCUUUGUAAUAUGUUUGGAUCUGGUAAUUGAUUACCUCAGUAUUUGUUUAAGGCUCCUUUUGCUCAUUUAUUUUUAAUUUAUGCUGUCUACCUGUUUUUAACAACGUUGAAAGAAGACUGGGAAGCAUAUUAUACUUGUUAGAAUUUCUCAUCAAAAACAGUAUUGGAAUGGCAUUUAUCUUUUUAGUUGUCAAGCUAUAUUGUUUAUUAAUUAAUUAUGAUAUGGAGAUGAUGUACUCCAAUCAUUUUGGGUUUUGGAAUAUCGCAGUCUACUUUAUCACAACCUAAGCUCUCAAAUAGCCUAAUGAGGAAACUAAAGUGUUAUUCCUCCCAUUCGUAAUGAAAGUUAGAUACUAUCUCAUAUGCUUACUUUUAUUUUUAUAAUUAUUUAACCAAACUAGGUUUACAGUGCUAUUUUUUGCAUAAAUUGCUUUGCUCGAGUUUAUUAUCUACAAAGGUCCUUUGUUCAGAUUACCUAAGCAAUUUAUUGAAUAAUUGGAGAAGAAAGCAUUCCUUUAAAAAUGCAUUUCAAGACAGGAUUUCAUCCCUAUUGAUCAAGCUUCUGAUUUAGUAUUUUCAGGAACACAAAAAAUAGAAUUCCAAAUUGAAAAUUUUCAUAAAGAAAUGGAAUUGUCACCUGCUGGAUAAAUGAGCAGUUCACAGGAGAAGGUUCCAACAGAAGAAGAAAGUAUGCAUAUUAAAUGA